AUGGCACGCCGCGUCCUACUCAUCAACGGCCCAAACCUAAACCUGCUCGGCACCCGCGAGCCUCAAAUCUAUGGCUCGACCACCCUCGCCGACGUGAUCUCCACAGCAGAGUCACAAGCCCAGUCCCUUGGCGUCACCCUCGAGAGUUUUCAGUCCAACCAUGAGGGUGCGAUAGUAGACCGCAUCCAGGAGGCAGCGGGCUUCGGCCCCAACGGACACCAAAACAAGGAGGGCAAGGUCUCGGCAAUAAUCAUCAACCCCGGGGCGUACACACACACGAGUGUUGCGGACGCGCUGCUGGGCGUGGAGAUACCCUUUGUGGAGGUCCACGUGUCAAACGUGCACGCCAGGGAGGCGUGGCGGAAGCACAGCUACUUCAGCGACAAGGCUACGGCGGUUAUCGCGGGGCUCGGUGUCUACGGGUACCAGGCUGCGCUGGAGUUCGUGGCGAAGCACCUGAAGCGGUGA